AUGCAAGCACACCAAGACGAAAGGCGGAACGAGGCAAUGCGCCUCCUUGCCUAUGAUUUCAAUCGUCCCGGCCUGAUGUCGGAGGCUCUUCAGACCCCGGGUUCUGGAGUCCUACUUGCUGGUGAUCGUUCCGUCAUCGACGGUAACAAGAUUAUGGCUCUCCUUGGAGACAGCCUCAUCAGGACCUUCGUUAUCGAGAUGAUGGUCAACCAGAACAAGGCGACCAGAGAUGCCAUCGACGCCCAAGUCCAGCGUUCUGUGAACAAUGUUCGACUGGCAGAGAUUUUCGACACCUUCGGGUUCGUGACCUGUCUCAAUCUGAAUCCAUCCCAGGGCUUGGCCAUCGGUGCUCGGACGAAGGCCGACACUAUCAAGGCCAUUAUCGGCGCUGUGUACAUGGAUGGUGGAGACCAAGGACUCGACGCUGUGAGACGUGUGGCAGCACAUCUCAACAUUAUUUAA